GGCUCCGGGCCGGUCCCCGCCCGCCGGUCGCCCGCUCGCCCCGCGGGGCUAUGAGGCCGUAGGGCCCGCGGGCCGGAGCAGCCUUCCGCCGCCAGCAUGUUCGGCCGCUCCCGCAGCUGGGUGGGCGGCGGGCACGGGAAGGCCUCCCGCAGCAUCCACUCCUUGGACCACCUCAAGUACAUGUACCAUAUUUUGAGUAAGAACACGAUUGUGACGGAUCACAACCGCAACCUGCUGGUGGAGACCAUCCGUUCCAUAACGGAGAUCCUGAUCUGGGGGGAUCAGAAUGACAGCUCAGUGUUUGACUUUUUCUUGGAGAAGAAUAUGUUUGAGUUCUUCCUGAACAUCCUGCGUCAGAAGUCAGGUCGUUAUGUGUGUGUGCAGCUGCUGCAGACUCUGAACAUCCUUUUUGAGAACAUCAGCCAUGAAACAUCCCUGUACUACCUGCUCUCUAAUAACCAUGUGAAUUCUAUUAUUGUCCACAAAUUUGACUUUUCUGAUGAAGAGAUCAUGGCAUAUUACAUAUCGUUUUUGAAAACGCUUUCCCUGAAACUCAAUAAUCAUACUGUACAUUUCUUUUAUAAUGAGCACACUAAUGACUUUGCUUUGUACACCGAAGCUAUUAAAUUUUUUAACCACCCCGAAAGCAUGGUCAGGAUUGCUGUUAGGACUAUAACCUUAAAUGUCUACAAAGUGUCAUUGGACAACCAGCCUAUGCUGCAUUACAUUCGAGAUAAAACUGCAGUUCCUUAUUUCUCCAACCUCGUCUGGUUUAUUGGCAGCCACGUGAUAGAGCUGGAUAACUGUGUGCAGACUGAUGAAGAGCACAGAAAUAGGGGCAAACUGAGUGACCUGGUAGCAGAACAUCUUGAUCAUUUGCAUUACCUUAAUGAUAUCCUUAUCAUUAACUGUGAAUUUUUAAAUGAUGUGCUGACAGACCACCUGCUUAAUAGGCUCUUUCUUCCCCUCUACGUGUAUUCCUUAGUAAAUCAAGACAAGGGUGGAGAGCGUCCCAAAAUAAGUCUCCAGGUUUCUCUCUAUCUUCUUUCUCAAGUUUUUCUAAUUAUACAUUAUGCUCCUUUGGUGAACUCCUUGGCUGAGGUUAUACUCAAUGGGGACCUCUCAGUGUUUUCUUCUAAGGUUGAGCAAGAUAUACAGAAAAACUCAGCAAAGUCAAGUAUCAGAUGUUUCAUAAAACCCACGGAAACACUUGAGAGGUCUCUUGAAAUUAACAAACAGAAAGGGAAGAAGAGGAUGCAGAAAAGACCCAACUAUAAAAAUGUUGGUGAAGAAGAUGAAGAGGAGAGAGGAUCUGAAGAUAACCAAGAUGACCUUGAUAAAAGUAGAGGUACAGAAGCAAGUUCAAAGGGUGUAAGGACAAGCACUGAAAAUGAAGAAAUAGAGAUGGUAAUUAUGGAGAGGUGUAAGCUGUCAGAGCUGUCCAUCUCUGCUGUGACAGAACAGAAUACAACAGAUGAAGAGAAGAGUGCAGCUGCUUCUGGGAGUGACAUGACAAACUGGAACAGGCCUUUCCUUGAUAUGGUCUACAAUGCACUGGACUGUCCUGAAGAUGAUUACUACGCCCUCUUUGUGCUCUGUCUGUUAUAUGCAAUGUCACACAACAAAGGACUUGACUCAGUCAAGUUGGAGAGAAUUCAACUUCCAGCUCAAAAUGCUGAAGAGAGAAAUUCCUACAAUCAUGUCCUUGCAGAAGGGCUCAUCAGGAUAAUGAAUUAUGCUGCACAACCAGAUGGAAAAAUUCGUUUGGCAACUUUAGAACUUGGCUGCCUAUUGCUGAAGCAGCUUGUGUUUUCCAAAAAUGGCAGGAUCAUAAAAAGUGUUCACCUUGAUUGUCUGGAGGGUGCAAGGGAGGAAAGUGUUCAUCUCCUUCGCCGUUUCUAUAAGGGAGAAGAAAUCUUUCUGGAUAUGUUUGAAGAUGAAUACAGGACUAUGACAAUGAAACCUAUGAAUGUAGAAUACUUGAUGAUGGAUGCCUCCAUCUUGCUGCCCCCAACGGGGACUCCUCUGACCGGCAUUGACUUUGUGAAGAGGUUGCCUUGUGGAGAUGUAGAAAGAACACGAAGAGCAAUCAGAGUUUUCUUUAUGCUCCGUUCACUGUCCCUGCACUUGCAAGGUGAGCUGGAAACUCAGUUACCACUCACGAGGGAGGGAGAUCUGAUAAAGGCAGAUGAUGUUCUGGAUUUGAAUAACAGUGAUCUGAUUGCUUGUACAGUCGUAACAAAGGAUGGGGGACAAGUUCAAAGAUUCCUGGCUGUGGAUAUUUACCAGAUGAGUUUGGUUGAACCAGAUGUUGCCAGACUUGGAUGGGGAGUAGUUAAGUUUGCAGGCCUUCUGCAGGAUAUGCAGGUGACCGGAGUAGAGGAUGACAGCAGAGCCCUGAACAUCAUCAUCCACAAGCCUGCCUCCAGCCCUCACUCCAAGCCCUUCCCCAUCCUGCAGGCCACGUUCAUCUUUGCCGACCACAUUCGCUGCAUCAUCGCCAAGCAGCGCCUGGCCAAGGGCCGCAUCCAGGCCCGGCGCACCAAAAUGCAGAGGAUAGCAGCUCUCCUGGAUCUUCCUGUUCAGCCUUCAACUGAAGUUAUGGGUUUUGGACACAGCUCUGGAGCUGCAGCCCAGCACCUCCCAUUUAGAUUCUAUGACCAGGCCCGGCGUGGGAGCAGUGACCCCACAGUGCAGCGCUCUGUCUUUGCAUCUGUUGACAAAGUCCCAGGCUUUGCUGUAGCCCAGUGCAUAAAUCAGCACAAUCCAUCCCCAGUCUCGUCACCGUCCCCUUCCAGCGGCAGUGGCAGUACCGGGCGCUGUGACUCCGUGACUGCAAGCUCGACAUCCACUCCUUCUGCUGCUCAGAGCCCAGCAGAUGAUGCUUCAGCUCCAGAGCAGCCUCUGACGGCCGGUUCCGGUCAGACCAUGUUGACUGAUGAAUCUCUUGCAGCUGUUUCCAAGUCCAGCAGAAAUGCUGUAAAACCCAGUGACACAGAAACAGCCAACCUGUCUCCCAGCCUGAUUCCUGCCCAGCAGCCCACCAUCUCCUUACUCACCGACGACAGCACGGACACGCUGAGCGUGGAGUCCCUCACGCUGGUGCCGCCAGUGGAUCCGCACAGCAUCCGAACUUUCAGCUGCAUCCCUCAGGCCUCUGUGCAGCCUGAAGCUGAGGUUGACAAGGUGAAAGAGGUAGAGGAGGAAAGUUCUGACUAAAACCACCAUGCAGACUGUAAUAAACAGUGAAGGAAGUGCAACCAAAUUGUGAUUAUUUUUUUUUCCCUCUGGGAGUGCAGAUACUUGUGGAGGCCUGAGAGGCCUCAGGCCCACAUGAAGGGACCAAGUGGUGACAGAGAAUGUCAGCAGUUUUUAGAGCCAACAUCGCAUACUCAGCAUAUCUGAACUGGGGAAGAGAGAAAAACCCAGACUUGUGAAUCUGGAUUGGUUCUUUCCUACCAGUUUAUGUUAUACAAGAACAUGAACGUGUUUCAGAGAACCUACUGUCUUUCUAAUAGGAACUAAUUUAUUGUAAAAGGUCUACAGUAUUAUGGCAAAGUGAAGAGACUUUUGGAUACCCAGCUUCAUGGUUCUGCAUUGUUACAUCUCUGAAACGGGAGAUGUGCCAUUGACCAGAAAAAAAUUAUAUAUUAUAGGACAGAGGUAAAAUUUCCAUUUGAGUCAGGGUCUGUUUUUUCAGUUUGGUGUUUGGUUCGGGGUUUUAUUUGUGGAAGAGGGGUUUUGGGGUUUUAUUUGGGUUUUUUUUGGUUGGUUGGUUGUUCUUUUUUUAAUCCUAACCUUGUUCAUCUUUUGGAGGUCUGCACAAUACCAGCAGGCUUGGCCACAUUCAGUAUUGUCUUUGUAGGACUCCAGACUUAAAUACUAUGUUUUCCAUAUUUAUUUAUUUCAAGGUUUGAUUCAAAGUUAAAACACAAUGCUUGUUCAAAUUAACACAAGGGAUUUUUGAGACUACUUUAGUCUUUGCUUAGACGCCUAGAGAGGAAUGUAAAAUAUUUUACAAGAUUGCUAUAGCUUGUUUGUUCACUUCUGACAGUCAAAUUGCUACAAUCUGAGGAAUGGUGAUAUCCCUGCAACUGAAAGACAACUUCAAGAAGCAGACAGAAGCAGUUUUACUCUAAAGAGGUUUUUCAGAUUUUUCAUAGUCAUGUAGGAAGAAGGUCACCAUAUCUAACUGAUAAUUCCUUUGCAAGUCUGAUCUCGAAAGGUAUUGUUCAUUUUUUUUCCUGUCUGGGAUGGUAUCUCAGUUAAACAACAUUAAACAUACAUAAAAGUGAUUCUGAGUUAACAUUACUUCCUAGAUCCUGACACUAAGCUGACAGAAAAGGGAAAGAUGUUUCUUAAAGCUUGGAAUGUUCUUUGCUGAUUUGAUACAAAAUUUAACAUGAAAGGAAUUUCAGAUUUUUCAUCAGUUUCCAAGUAAGUUAAUUUAAGUUAAUAGUAAAUUGAGUAGCUUGUCAUUGCUGGUCUGUUCUCAACCCUGAGUUGGCAGUUCCUCAGAGGAGGGCUGCUGUUUACUUGGUAUUGAUUUCAGUCACCACUGCACUCUACUGGCAUUGAGUUCUUACCAAAUGGGUGAAUCUGCAACGUUUUUAUCCCUUUCCCAGUUGCUUAUUGUACCUUCCUGGCUGUCAUACAUAUAUGUGUGUAUAUACAUAUAGGAGAAUAUAUAGAAAUAUAUUCAUAUAUAUAUACACAUAUAUGAGAUUGACUAAUUCACAGGUACCACUUUUCUCACUUUUUCUAUCUUCUCCUUCACAUAAUAAUUGAAUCUUUGCCAGCUGGGUAUGUGAGGUGUCUGCCACUUGAAUACCAGUAAUUUUUCCCCCUAUUUACUUUUUCAUGCAGUUUUGAUUUCUAAUUUUCUGUGACUUCUACUUUGUCUCAAAUUGAAUUAACUGAUACUCUGACCAUUCCAGAGUGGCCCAAACUCUAAAUGAAUUCAGAGUUAGGUGUCCUCAGCACUGCAGUGGAUUUUGUGUGAAAAUCUGGCAUUACUAGAUAAGAGCCUGCUUUUUUGGGUUUUUUGUCUCGUGCUGAAGAUGAAUUUGCAUUCAUGCAGUCACUGUUGCAGCUAAUGUGCAUGUACCUGAACAGGCCUAGACACAUCAGUAACAAUCUGGGCACAAGAACCACAUGAAUUUUUAUUAGCUGAACUGAUUGAAGUCUAGACUCUCUCUAAAAUGGUGCAGCAUUACACUGUAGUCUUAGUAAUAUUCUGAACACCAUUAUAAAAAAUGCCUCACUUAAUUAGAAAGCAUUUUAUGUUAGUUAUUAACCUUAGAUUCUUGACCUAGAUUACAGAAAAUAUCACUGUGCAGGCUGAGUUCCCUUAAACAGAAGUAAUUUUAGACUGGAAAACCUUGAUCUUAAUUUAUCUCAUUUUAAAUUCAGUUCUAGCAAGAUUAGACCCAUGCACAAGGAGUCUCUUCAAUGCAUAUGAAUUAUCUCACCCCUGAGCUGUACUGCACAAGAAAUGGGGCAAAGGGAAAGAAAGGUGACUUUGUACUUUUUAUUACCUUUGAGUGGCUUUUCAAUCUCAUGAUCACUUGUCUAGUGAGAGCUUCACAGGAAAUGACUUAAAUACUGUUAUUAGGAAAAUAGAAGAAUAGGUCUAUUGUUAAUUUGUGAUUACUGCAAGCAAUCCAGGAAUUCAGUAAUUGCCCUGGAAUUGUGUCAUUUCACUAGCAGUAAAAUCAACUUUAUGCUUGAAGAUGGAGGUAAGCUAUCAGACAAGCAGGUGAAACUGUGUGUGUAAGGAUGAAGCCACUUCCUGAGUAAACAUUUCCCUGCUGUGCUGUCAGUCACUCUGGGGUGCUGUCAGUCACUCUGGGGGUGCUGCUGUCAGUCACUCUGGGGUGCUGCUGUCAGUCACUCUGGGGUGCUGCUGUCACUCCUGCAGGAGACAGGGAGCUGCAGAACAGCCUUAGGAGCAGGGGCACUGACCACCAGGCAGUAGUGGUCAGAAAACCCACACCAAAGUAAACAUUCUGCCCUUGUCUCCACUAACCAGCUGAAGUGAAACUUGCUUUUAAAAGAGCAUUGCCCAGGCAAGCAGCUGCUGCCUGGGAAAAGAAAUGGUUUAGUCCUGAAGUUGGAUCAGAGAUCUGCAGAGACACAGCUGGGGGCAGGAGAUCAAGGCCUUUUGCCUCCAAGGUAACUGUUCUCCUCCUUUCAGACAGCCUCACGUAGCCAUCUAAAUACAUGUUGAAAAGUCUCUUCUUAACUGCUACUGUCCUUCUUGAAAGAGUUUUUUGGUGUGUCCCUGGUUCACCACACUGACCUACCUUAACAUAUCACUCACCUGGGCACUGCUCUUCUAUUAUCUAGCAAUCUUUGGAGAAGUUCUCCUGUGCUUGCCUGCUGUGUUUCUCUUGACCUUCCCCAGCAUUUGCAGCAUGAAUUAGAAACAAAUAGAAUAACUCUUGCCAUCUCCUGUUGGAUUCUGAAAAGCAGAGGGUGAUCCAAGCAGGGCUUGCUAGGGUGGGAUGUUUUUAGGGGUUGGGAGGGGAGUCGUUCUUGGGGGUUUUUCUGCUGCUCAAUACUUGAGCAGCAACAAAGACAUAGGAGAUGCAGUUCUUGACUGAGUCUCAAACAGAGGGUUCUUUCAUAUGGAAACAUAUUUUUAUAUUACAUUUGUACAGAAUUUUCCCUAUUUUGAUCUCCCAGCAUUUUUAGAUUUGCACGUUGCUCAGUUUUGAUUUCUUUUGCAAGGUGUUAUAAAAUAUAUAUUUUGUGUUUGUUAAUGUAUUAUAAAUGUAAAGCUAAAUUUUGGUUGUCUAAUAAAUGUGCACUGUGGUGGUAUCUGGUUUAUUGUUUUGUUAACUUGAAUUGAUUGGUUCUUAAUAUGAAAAGGAAAAACUUGUCAUUGUUGGGGCUGUCUUGUUAGCAUAAAUAAAUGUGUGGAGUGCAUUUAUUUUAAAAGUAACCAAAAAUGGCUUAAGCAGGUAAUGACUAAGAACACUUGAUAACAAAAGUUAAGGUCCAGACUAGUUCACAGGAUUCUUUUAAGAUCAUAAUCUGAAGAUUCAUUAGAUUUUUUUGAUCUUGUUUCCCAUUACUUUUGGAUAUGGAUACUCAUACUAAAGUGAGUUUAAAACACAUGCUAAUUGCAAUCUUAUAGUCUGUAGGUGAUCUGAGGGUUAGUGUUUGGCUUUAUUUAAGGACUAACUGUGGCAAAAGUACUUACAAUGAACAUGAAGAUAAUUUUUUUAAAGAUUGAGAAUACAUUCAAGUGUGAAAUUUAUAGAUUAUUAUGUCUAGGAGCUUUGUUUUGCCCAGGGACAGCACUAACUAUACAUUGUCACAACUUCAGGAAACAUUCUGGAAGCAUUACAACCUUUAGAAGAUCAUUUUUGGCAUCUCCACUUGUAAAUAGCUGUGUUGAUAUUUUUGUUGCAAACUUUUUCCUUCAUUUUUAGCUGCUUUGUAAGUUUGAUUGUUUUCAGUGCAAAGAGGUAGAAAUGUAUUUUUCUAGAAGAAUGAAUGUACCUGGGAUUUAAGCACUACAAAAAGCAUUUUAUGAACAUGGACUGUCCUCCUAUGAAAUGUAUUUCAGUGAAGUUGUCUGAAAUGUAGUUCAUUUGAGGAAAAAAAUGUCCUGAACCUGCACUUACAUUUACAUGGAAAAAAGCCCAAACAUGGUGUGAUUUAAUUCUGAAAUGUCUUUCUACAGGCAAUAAGUAUUAAUUAUUUAAUGUAAGUUAUGUUAGACACUUGGAGUAAAUGUGAUAUCUUAUGUUAAUUUAAAGAACAAUGUAACUAAGCAUCUGGGAAGGGAGUGGAAUUAGAAAAUAUUGGUGUAUGUUUCUGAAAUCCAGACUUCUGAGUCUGUAUUUGCUGGCAUUGAGAAUUUGUCGUGGCUAUUGAAAACCUGGACAAGAACAAGGAACAGACCUUUCUUUGUAAAUGGAACUUGGCAAUAAAAAUGGUGUUACUAAGAGAA